AUGUGGCUUUCAAAGGGUAGUAGCGCAGAAAGGAAUGGUGGUGGAAAUAGGUUGGUGGCAGUUGCCAUAGACAAGGAUAAAGGUAGCCAGCAUGCUCUCCGAUGGGCCAUUGACAAUCUUCUUAGCAGAGGACAAGCUGUCGUUCUCAUCCAUGUCAUACAUAAACCCCUAUCUGCUUCAUUUGGGAACAAUGGUGCUGUUUCUGAUGUCAAUGGAGCUGUGUAUGCUCAUAAGCAACAAGUCGAGAAGCAAACCAACGAAUUAUUCCUUACCUUCCAUUGCUUUUGUACCCGUAAAGAUAUACAGUGCCUUGAUAUCAUACUUGAAGAUACAGAUGUUGCGAAAGCGUUGACAGAAUAUGUUUCUUAUGCUGCAAUUGAAAACUUGGUUCUUGGUGCCUCAUCACGAAAUAGUUUUAUCAGAAAAUUCAAGAUUUCAGAUGUUCCUACCAAUGUCUCGAAAGGAGCACCAGAUUUCUGCACCGUGUAUGUCAUCUCCAAAGGAAAAAUGUCAUCAGUGCGGAAUGCCUCUCGUUCAGCGCCUUUCACUUCUCCUCUUCUUGACCAACUUCAUGACCAAGUCAAUAGCACUGGCUCUCUUGCUGAUGCAAGGCCCAAGCAUAGUUUUAAUCUAAAAGAUGUGGAACCUGUAGCAGCAGUAGAAAGAACACCAAGAAAGUCUCGUAGUGUGCAAGAUGACAACGAAUCAAUCAAAUCACCAUUAGUUGGAGGAAGAGGUUUACCUGGAAAGUUUGGCGGGGAGAUCUCAGAAUCAGAUACUGACAUAUCAUUUGUGAGCUCUGGGAGGCCAAGUAUCGACCACAUGUCUUCUACACUCUAUGACAGCGUGGAUUCUGUCCAGACAUCACAGCUUUCUACUAGCUCAGACCACAGCUUCGGGUCCAUCCGGCUGGGACCUAAGUGGACUGAUAUCAGCUCACUGCAUGAAUUUUCAACAUCCUCAUUUGAGAGUGGAAGGACGUCAACUUCGUCACAGGAUGAUGCGGAAGCUGAGAUGAGGAGGCUAAAGCUAGAGCUGCAAAAAACAAUGGAGUUGUACAGUACAGCAUGCAAAGAAGCUUUGACAGCGAACCAAAAGGCAGUGGAACUCAAUCGUUGGCGAAUUGAAGAAGAACGAAGAUUAGCAGAUGCUCGACUUGCUGAGGAAGCUGCACUGAUGAUGGCAGAGAAAGAGAAAACUAAGUGUAGGGCAGCCAUGGAGACAGCUGAAGCAGCUCAGAGAAUUGCACACCUGGAAGCACAAAGGAGAAUUAGUGCUGAAACGAGAGCCCUGAAAGAAGCAGAGGAGAAACAAAGGGUAUUGAAUACUAUAGGUCAAAAUGAUGUCAGGUACAGGAAAUACACCAUCGAGGAGAUUGAAGAAGCAACAGAGUAUUUUGCUGAAUCUCGGAAGAUUGGGGAAGGAGGUUAUGGCCCUGUCUAUAAGUGUUAUCUUGAUCAUACACCGGUGGCAGUAAAGGUCCUACGUCCAGAUGCUGCUCAAGGAAGGUCACAAUUUCAGCAAGAGGUAAGGACUAAGAGAAAAUUUCAGCAAGAGGUAAGGACUAAGAGAAAUGACCACAUGAAUUCUAUUGGUUACUCUCGGCUGAGAGUCAAAAAAUUCCCCAAGAAAACUCCACAUUACUGUGUAAAAUCAAGUAUAAAAAGUUCCUUGCUUUUAAUCAAACCUAGUUGA